AUGUCGAGCUUUGUAGCGGUGUGUUUUCUCGGCGUGGCUACUUUUCUGCUGGGCUUGCAACUAUCAAUACCUCGUGCAGACUUCGAAGACCUGGAGGACUUCGACGACGAUGCGGAUUAUAAUUCAUGGAUUUCAAUGUGCCAAAAGUUCCUCAUCCUCUUGAUGGCAGUCAUCCUCGUUCCACUUGCGAUGAUCGUUCUGCAGCAGCGCAACAUCCUCUACCGGCCAAUAGUGGCUGGAAGGCGCGUUUCCAUCGGUCACAAAUCCAACCCUGCUGCAUGGGGCCUGGAGCAUGAAGGUUUCUUUCUCAGCUCGAGGGAUGGAACCAAGCUAAAUGCGUGGCUGCUAUAUCCGCAGAAAGGUGCGCAGACGAAGAGACCUGCCUUGCUAUUCUUUCACUCCAAUGCUGGUGACAUCCCUCAGCGCUUGGACUUUUUUAGCCAACUUUGCCGGCAGUUGAAUGUAGUCAUCCUGGCAAUGGAAUAUCGUGGGUUUGGCCGCUCAGCAGAUGGAGGUAUUUCGGAGAAGUCCUUUGUUGAAGAUGCUGCUUGCGCGUAUAACUGGCUGGUGAACUACGCCUCCACGGAGAAGUCCUGCGUAGAUCCAGCGCGGCUGUUCAUAUUUGGACGGUCUCUGGGAGGAUGUGUUGCAGUUCGUUUGUUGACCUUUUUGCUUGGUGCAAGCGCCGGUUCAAACUGCCCUGAAGAGAUGCGCCGUGGUGCUGACAGCGCAGGAGGGCCUGGAGAAAAGCAGCCUUUGCCACUGCCAGCAGGUGUCCUCAUCGAGAACUCACCUUCCUGCAUAGCAGACAUGGCGAUGCACCUCAUGCCUUUCUUGAGGAUUCUUCCGCGAAGGCUUCUGUCGUGGCCUGUGCUUCUGGAUGAGUGGCGAAGCAAUGAUUGGCUGAACUGGAUUGGCAGCGCUCUUUCCAGCCAGAAGAAAUCCUUGCGCAUUUGUUUGCUCUCGGCUGCUCAUGACAAGGUGGUGCCUGCAUCUUGCAUGGAGGAGUUGCGGGACGUGGGAGGAAAGCACAAGAGCCUGGACAUUUCCUUCCACAGCUUCCAAAGGGGCGAACACAUGAGCACUUACCUUCUUGCUGGUGAUCGUUACUGGCAAGCGCUGAGAAACUUCAUCAACUGA